AUGGCUGAGGAGCGCAAUCCACUCGCAGCUAUGUUUGAGCUGCGCUACAAAGAGGCUUGGAGAAUCUGGCGCGAUGGCAACAACGACGCCGCGGAGGCCAAGGCGCGUGAUCUACUCCAGGAACCUCGUCUUGGCCGAUUUCACCAGGCCGGAAUGCAUCUGCUUCUUUCCACUGCUUCUGACUACUAUGUAGAGCAUGCUCUGGAGGCUGUCCGUCUCUUUACUGAGAUCUCUGCACGCCAGGAUCUCACUGACAAAGCGAGGGAGGGUAUCACUACAUGCCUCCGUGAUGCCAACAAGAUGCUGAACAGGGCUCGUCGCGAUCAAACUCGAAUCGAUCGCGAAAUCCAGAAGAAACUAGACGCCGGGAUGACAAUGGAUGAGCUUCACCAAGCCCAGAUCGAUGAAAUGCACAAGCGCUUCGAAGCUGAAGAAACCCUCACCGACAUGGAUUCGGGCGAAGACCCUGAAGAAGACUCCGGAUCUCGCAGCCAGACUAUUCCUGACAACCAGGAUAUUCCUGGGGUGACCGAUGAUUCCCAGCAAACUGAAUCCCAGCGUACCGAGUCCCAGCGUACCGAGUCCCAACGUACCGAUCCUCAGAAUGUUGUGAUUGAAAUGGAUCUUGAUGACGAUGAUCCUCUCCCUGACAUUGUGAGAUACAACUUUGGGACUGGCCAGAAGAAAGGUACCGAUGAGCUUUAA